UAUAAUCACAGUUUCCAACAGCAUUUUAAAACGCUUAUUUACCGGAGAUGCUCGAUAGUACAAUAUAUGGCGACAGUAAAAAAAGUGAAAUUUAGCGACAGUUUGCUGUUUACGCUUAGCCUAGCUUGAAAAGGUCGAAAAACAUGCAGUAAAGUGAAAGUUUCCUGCGUUACCGCAAUGCCUCUGUUAACCCAAUCGCAAGCCGAUGAUGAACAAUACAUUUUAGUGGCCAGUCUGGAUAAUGCUCGCAAUUUGUCCAACAUACUGAAAGCAAUCACCUUCAAAGACCAUGCCAUCUUUAGUGCUACACCCAACGGCCUUAAAGUCACUGUGGAGGACUCCAAAUGUCUGCAAGCCAAUGCCUUCAUCCAGGCUGAGAUCUUCCAAGAGUUCACCAUAAAAGAAGAAUUGGUGGGUUUUCAGGUUAACCUCACUGUUCUGCUAGACUGCCUCAAUAUCUUUGGAGGAAGCACAGUUCCAGGAGUAUCAACAGCCUUGCGGAUGUGCUACAGGGGGUAUGGUUACCCUCUGACCCUGUUCCUGGAGGAGGGUGGGGUAGUGACUGUAUGCAAGAUCAACACGCAAGAACCAGAAGAGCCGAUUGACUUUGACUUCUGCAGCACCAACGUCACAAACAAGGUGAUCCUGCUUUCAGAAAGUUUGAAGGAAGCCUUCUCUGAACUGGACAUGACCAGUGAGGUGCUACAGAUCACCAUGUCCCCCACCCAGCCAUACUUUAGAUUGUCUACGUUUGGGAAUGCUGGAAAUGCCCAUUAUGAUUAUCCCAAAGACUCUGACAUGAUGGAGCUGUUCGGAUGCACAAAGACACAAACCAACAGGUACAAGAUGUCCCUGCUGAAGCCGUCCACCAAAGCCCUGGCUUUGUCCUGUAAAGUUUCUGUGAGAAUGGACAGCAGGGGCUUCCUCUCUCUGCAGUACCUUGUUAGAAAUGACGAUGGACAGAUCUGCUUUGUGGAAUAUUAUUGUUGUCCUGAUGAGGAGGUGGAAGAGGAGUGAUUACAGUCCACUGAAUACCCCUCUAAAUAGGCACCUGAACUUUAGUGGUGGCCAUUCCCUUUGAAUGAGAAGCCAGAGUCUGCCAGAGGAGGCAGUGCAGCCAGUGGGAUGCACACAGGAAAAAAUGCUGGACUUAAUGGGAAUAAUGGACACAGUGGGAAAGGUUGCACUGUCACAAAAUCAACUGGGUCAUCAUUUGCCAAACAGUCACAUUUGAGUGGAGCAUUGUUACUGGAUUUGUGGAAAGGUUGUCACUUACCUGGUCUUGUUAAAUGUGUAGUUGGACUUGCACCAUUUGUUAAUAGGGAGACUCAGGUAUUUCGAGUCCCCCGACAUGCAAACAUCAUCUGUACCUUCACGAGUCUACAGUUGCAGCCAUGAUCUGUCUGCGUUCAGUAUUUGAUCUCAUGUUCUGGUAUCCGCCCUCAUAUAAUGAGCUGGCUAACCGGCAAUAAAAUACACCAUUUAAGGCAUGA